AUGACGGAGUCGUGCGGGAAGGGGUGCAAUCAGCCCUGCAGGGAACAAAAUGAUACUCCGGAUAUUGAAGAUUUCCGGACAGAAAUCAAAUCACUGAAACAACGAAACGAAGAAUUGGCACGGAAACUCUCGGAUCUUGCGUAUGCUGGGAGUACUUCCUCCUCUCGAACAUUGCGGUCCGAAAACUGGUUCUCCAACGAUAGAGAGCCAGCCCUUAGCACUCUUUAUGCAGACCGGUAUUUGAAUUUCGGGUUGACUACCGAGGAGCUGAUGUCCAAGAAACCUGUUAUUGGAAUCGCGCAAUCGGGAUCUGACUUGUCGCCUUGCAAUCGAUAUCAUGUCCAGACCGCUAAAAGGAUGCGUGAAGGGAUCAUCGCGGCUGGAGCGAUUCCACUCGAGUUUUCGACCCACCCUAUCCAAGAAAGCUCGAGAAGACCUACAGCAACGCUAGACAGGAAUCUAGCGUAUCUUGUGCUCGUGGAAAUCCUCCAUUCCUACCCGUUGGACGGUGUUGUCUUGUUGACUGGUUGUGACAAAACCACGCCUGCCUGUUUAAUGGCUGCUGCAACCGUUAAUAUUCCUGCCAUCUGCCUGAAUGUCGGGCCAAUGCUUAACGGGAGGAGGAAUAGGGAUCUCAUCGGAACUGGAACGAUUCUAUGGCGGGCGAGAGAGCUGAAAGCCGAAGGCACAAUCGAUGAUACGGAAUUCUUCGACAUGGUGACUUCAGGGACUCCAUCUGCUGGACAUUGCAACACAAUGGGCACGGCUUCUUCUAUGAACGCGCUGGCCGAAGCAUUAGGAAUGGCGUUGCCAGGGUCAGCGGCCAUCCCAGCGGUCUACCGGGAGAGACUCCAAUGUGCGUACAAGACGGGCCAGCAAAUUGUCGAAAUGGUCCAUUCAAACCGCAGACCCAGUGAUAUCAUGACGCGCGAGGCAUUUGAAAACGCAAUCGUUGUCAAUAGCGCAAUAGGCGGGAGUUCCAAUUGCCCUAUCCAUCUGAUCGCUAUUGCCCGCCAUAUGGGUAUAACUCUCGAUCUGGAUGACUGGGACCGCUUGGGCUACCGUAUUCCUCUUCUCGUCAAUGUUCAACCAGCGGGCGAGAUGCUGUGUGAGGAAUAUCACCACGCUGGGGGACUCCCUGCCGUUAUGGCCGAACUAUUGGCCGCGGGAAAACUCCACGCAAAAGCACUGAGUUGUACUGGUCGGACCAUUGGAGAUAUUGUGAAAGGCAAAUUCUCCUGGGACCGGAAGACCAUUCGACCGUACGGCGAGCCGUUGAAGAAGAAUGCCGGCUUUCUCCACCUGAAAGGAACGCUGUUCGACUCGGCAAUUAUGAAGACUUCGGUCAUCUCGGAGGAAUUCGAGGCCAAAUUUCUCUGGAAUGCCUCACAGCCUGGAAAGUUUGCUGCGUUCGAAUGUAAAGCACGGGUAUUCGAUGGGCCCGAGGAUUACAACGAGCACUUAGACGAUAAUGUCCCCAUGGACGAUCGGACAGUGCUGGUCAUGCGCGGAGCCGGCCCGAUUGGCUAUCCUGGUGCGCCGGAGGUGGUAAAUAUGCAUGCUCCAGGACGGCUAUUGAAAGCCGGGGUGCGGUCCCUACCGUGCAUUGGCGAUGGGAGGCAAUCAGGGACUUCGGGUUCUCCGUCAAUCUUGCACGCCUCCCCGGAGGCAGCUGCAGGAGGGAAUCUCGCCAUCCUUCGCACCGGUGACACAAUCCGCAUCGACCUUGAGUCCCGGCGGGUUGACCUGCUGCUGUCUGAUGAAGAGAUUCGGAGCAGAAGAGCCACAGUCGCAGGCAAGAUGGAGGAAUUGACAGCACCAAGCCAGACUCCUUGGCAAGACAUCUUUCGGCGUGAGGUAGGCCAGUUGAGUGAUGGCAUGGCCCUAAAGAAUGCCGUCAAUUAUCAGAGGAUAGCGGAUCACUUUGCUGUGCCUCGACAUAACCAUUAG